AUGGGGAUGGGCGGUGUUAGUCUCCUACCGCUGGGGCUGGCGAAGGUGUUUCAGGGAGGUGGUGGAUCUCUGAGUUGGCGUUCGGGAAGAUCGAAGACAGCGCCGUGCGGGAGGCUGCCGCGAUGGGUGUCUAGAUCUUUCUGGGCUACCUGGCUUUCGGACUAUCUUCAGGCCCAUCUCACCGAUUUGGUAGGCCAGCUCUAUCCAUGGGUGUGGAUUUGGGACCCAGGGGACCUUGUACUGGGUCUUUUGCUUAACUGUGCCAUUUUCAUUCCUCUGGGUGUGCUGUUAUUACUCGCAGGUAGACUGUUCAUUCCUAAAUUCUACAAGAAGUCUCAGUAUAAUUACAUUGUGAGUACCACAAUUGAGUGCCUUGGCGAGCAGUGUUCUUUAUGCUGGGAUGAGUCUAGUAUUGAUUGGUCUGCCGAUCCUUUACAUGCCCAGAUUGCGGAUUCUGAUGGUUGGAUCUACAAAUCUCAAGGUCGUGACAAUAGUUUUGUUGUUGGUAAUUAUCUUGAGGAGGCUGGAGAUUUACCUUCAGUUUAUGCUAGAUUUGAACUACAACGAGGACAAGACCGUCAUUGUCACGGAUCAAUUUGGUUUGCUUCAGAAAUGAAAGCUAUAAGUGAUGCUUGUGAAAGAUUCAUAUCUUUUCCUCCUGGGCAUUUAUACUCUAGCAAACAAGGAGGGCUGAGAAGGUGGUACAAUCCACAAUGGUUUUUGGAGAAGAUACCAUCAACUCCUUAUGAUCCCAUUGUUUUACGUGAGGCUUUUGAGAAGGCUGUGUUAAAGAGACUUAUGACAGAUGUACCAUUCGGUGUUCUUUUGUCUGGAGGGUUGGACUCAUCACUUGUUGCUGCUGUGGCUUGUCGCUAUUUGGCUAAAUCAGAAGCUGCACGUCAGUGGGGGUCACAGUUACAUACCUUUUGCUUGAAUCUUCAGGGUUCUCCAGAUUUGAAAGCAGCAAGAGAAGUUGCAGAUUAUCUUGGAACUCAUCAUCACGAGUUUCACUUUACUGUUCAGGAAGGCAUAGACGCGCUUGAAGAAGUUAUCUACCAUAUCGAGACAUAUGAUGUGACCACUAUCAGAGCCAGCAUUCCAAUGUUUCUUAUGUCUCGUAAAAUUAAAUCUCUGGGAGUAAAAAUGGUUCUUUCUGGAGAAGGUUCAGAUGAAAUCUUUGGUGGCUACUUGUAUUUCCACAAGGCACCAAACAAGGAGGAGUUUCACCAAGAAACAUACCAGAAGAUCAAAGCUCUUCAUCUGUACAACUGUCUGAGGGCCACCAAAUCGACUUCAGCUUGGGGUGUUGAGGCUCAUGUACCAUUUCUCGACAAAGAAUUCAUCAAGACUGCUAUGAACAUUGAUCCAGAAUGGAAAAUGAUCAGGCCUGAUCUUGGGAGGAUUGAUAAGUGGGUCUUACGCAAAGCAUUUGAUGAUGAUCAGAAGCCAUAUUUACCAAAGGCAGAAGGAGCAAUUUAGUGAUGGUAUCGGUUACAGCUGGAUUGACGGCUUGAAAGAUCACGCCAACAAACAAAUUCAAUGCUGAUGAAUGCAAGCUUUGUCUACCCUGAAAACACUCCGACCACAAAAGAAGGAUACUACUAUAGGACUAUCUUUGAGAAAUUUUUUUCCAAAGAAUGCUGCAAGAUUGACAGUUCCCGGUGGUCCAAGUGUGCCAUGCAGCACAGCAAAAGCUGUGGAGUGGGAUGCGGAAUGGUCCAAGAACCCUGAUCCAUCUGGUCGUGCUGCACUUGGUAUACAUGCAGCUGCGUAUGAGGAAUCCAAAGAUGUGAAGACUGGAAGUCUUGUGAGUGACUCUGCACAGAAACUUGUAAAAGGGAUUGCAGAGAAAGUGGCCGCAGUAGUUUGAGUGGGAUGAAAAAGAUGAGACCAGAAGGGCUUGUAGGGAAUCCGUCACAACUGUUGGUAGUUUAUAAACUAGGAAGGCCUUGCUAUUGUCUCUUAGAUGAGACCAGACUAGUUGAUGCUUAUAUUUCAAUCUGUAAUUUUCUUUGACCACGGCAGGAUUAUGUUAUUGGUUCGACAUGUAUGCAAUUUAGAUAGGUUUCUACGUUUAUUUUGUUUCUUUAAUCCUUCAUCUAUAGAAUGCAGUUCUGAUUUUCCA